ACAUGUUUCUUCUCUUUUUCUCUCUCCCGCAGCCAACAUGAUGUCAGGUGUCGGAUCAGGUUCGGGCAUCCAGGUGAUCGACUCUCCUCUGCUGACUCAGCAGAUCGAAGCUCAGAGACUUUGCAUCAAACACCUGAAGAACGACAACAACAGACUGAAGGCUGAGAAGAUGCGCGCCCAGCUGGCCUCUCUGCCUCCUCUUCGUGUGACCAAACUUCCCUCCAGAGAUGGAGGCCGUCCCGAAGUGCUCUCCAGCGCCCUCUACCGCAAGACUGACCAGCUCCUGGAGACUCUGCUGCAAAUGAGUGCCAACGUCAAAGUAGUGGACAUCACUGGGAAAUCUCCAG